AAGUGAGGUCACACAACAUGGCGGCUCGGCCCCAGCUGCGCUGAGCGGGAGGGGGGAUCCGGGUCUCUGGGAAUCGGCCUCCAUCCUCCCCCCCAGAGCCCUCCGCCGCCGGGAGACGGGCCCAGGGCCGCCAUGCUCGCCGUCGUGCGCCUGCUCUGAGCCGGGCUCCGUCCUCGCCGCUGGGUUGGGUCUGCAAGAGCCGCGCCAAUGGAGUUGAGAGUCGGGAACCGGUACCGGCUCGGCCGGAAGAUCGGGAGCGGCUCUUUCGGGGAUAUUUACCUCGGCACUGAUAUAGCAGCUGGAGAAGAGGUUGCCAUCAAGUUGGAAUGUGUAAAAACCAAACAUCCUCAACUCCAUAUAGAAAGUAAAAUUUACAAAAUGAUGCAGGGUGGAGUGGGCAUUCCCACAAUUAAAUGGUGUGGUGCUGAAGGUGACUACAAUGUAAUGGUGAUGGAGUUGUUGGGACCAAGCCUUGAAGAUCUCUUUAACUUCUGUUCAAGAAAAUUCAGCCUCAAGACAGUCCUCUUACUUGCUGACCAAAUGAUAAGCCGAAUAGAAUACAUUCAUUCGAAGAACUUCAUUCACCGAGAUGUAAAACCUGAUAACUUCCUGAUGGGAUUAGGCAAGAAGGGCAAUCUUGUCUACAUCAUAGACUUUGGGCUGGCCAAGAAAUACCGGGAUGCUCGAACCCACCAGCACAUUCCAUAUCGUGAAAAUAAAAACUUGACAGGGACUGCCCGAUAUGCCUCCAUCAACACUCACCUUGGGAUUGAACAAUCUCGCAGAGAUGACUUGGAGUCCUUGGGCUAUGUACUCAUGUAUUUUAACCUGGGCUCCCUCCCCUGGCAGGGACUAAAGGCAGCUACAAAGCGACAGAAAUAUGAACGCAUCAGUGAAAAGAAAAUGUCUACACCCAUUGAGGUUUUAUGUAAAGGAUACCCUUCUGAGUUUGCUACUUACCUGAAUUUCUGCCGCUCAUUGCGCUUUGAUGAUAAACCGGAUUAUUCAUAUCUAAGGCAAUUAUUCAGAAACCUCUUCCACAGACAAGGCUUCUCUUAUGACUAUGUAUUCGACUGGAAUAUGCUUAAAUUUGGCGCAAGCCGUGCAGUUGAAGAUGCUGAACGCGAACGGCGAGAAAGAGAGGAAAGAAUGAGACAUGCACGAAAUCCAGCUGUUCGUGGGUUACCUUCCACUGCCUCUGGCAGGCUGAGGGGGACACAGGAUGUAGCUCCACCUACCCCUCUUACCCCAACUUCACAUACUGCGAACACAUCUCCUCGGCCAGUGUCUGGAAUGGAGCGAGAACGGAAAGUGAGUAUGCGAUUGCACCGUGGGGCCCCUGUCAAUAUCUCCUCAUCUGAUCUAACAGGCAGACAAGAUACCUCGCGCAUGUCAACCUCACAGAAUAGCAUUCCCUUCGAACACCAUGGCAAGUAGCUGCGCGUCUCGUUCUCGUUGGAAAGUAGCACUGGAUUCCUGCUCUGGCAACGACCAGCGUUCUCCAGUCUGCUGUGCAUCGGUGAAAGAGUUGCCAUUGAGGGGCAGAUAAUGCAUGGCUGAUCUCCUAUGUUACCAAUGGCUUUUACUAGCAAAACAACCCCAAACUAGAGCAGAAGACAUACUUACAACUGGAUCUCUCCUUGCCACUUACUAAAGAUACUUGCAGGAACAUGGACAGAAUCCAGCAGCUGCAACUACAAGAGGCUUUGGCCAGAAACCCGAUAACCUUAUCUGAACUCUUGCAACAGGGCUGGAAAAGGAAGAGACGGUUUACAGCAUUAACCGCCUGUUAUUUAAUAGCCAUUUCAGUUCUCCCUCCACAGGCGGCAGCCUUUACCCUCUUUUUAUUGUUCUACUGUAACUGUAAAUCUUUUACUUCGUUUAAAAAAGUUUUGUAUUCAUUUUGCUAAGAUUACUGGCUUAACUCUGUAAAGAAUUCAGUCUCGCUUUUGUCUGGUUUGAAACCUAUAUAGAAAUGUGAACAAUCCUGAAACCUACAGCAAAACAAAAGACUUGAAAUUUCUUGUAAACCUAAGUCAGGGAAGGAAUGUGUAAUUUGAAUUAGAACUGUCCAGCUUUUAUUUUUCACUAUUACUUUUGUAUGGUGUCGUUCUACAGAAGAGGAGGAGAAAGGGUGUUCUCAAGGGUUGCUUUUUUAAAAACAAAGCAAAUCCUUAUUUUGCAUUUGGCUGUCUUGUUCUUCCAGUUUUUUUUCCUUUUAAUCAAAUGUUUAUGUAAUUCAAAAACAUUCUUAGAAUGUUUGUUAUUCCUUAGAGAUGUCAAAGAAAGAGCAGGGGGUAUUUUGAAGAGACCCCAGUAGGAGGUAAUAAGAAUCUUUCAUAGAGUUUGAAGAACAAAAUUCAAAGCUCUCAAUUUUAGCUUCAAAAUCAUCUAUUCAGGAAAGUUUUGAAUGUACAAUAUCUGCUCUGCUUUGUUUGUGGUUCAUAUGAGGGAUAGGACCAACAGUCUCUAUUCAGUUUUUUAGUACAGAUGUUGUUGAAAUCUGCUCUCACUGCAGUAUGAGUAGUGUUUAGUAGGUUGUGCUUCUCUUGAAUAUGCAGAGAAUUGCAAAUGCUUACAGCCUGCUGUAUUAUGCCAAGGCUUGGAAUUAUAAACAAAAUAUUCCUGCUGCAAGAUCCCAAGACUUGAGAACAUUCACGCUGGUUGAAUUCUUUAAUAUUAAAGUGUGCAAGUCUGGAACAGCUGGCCUUCAGCUGAAGAUACAUUUAUGUAAUGGCCAAAACACUUACCUUAGCAAAUGAGUGUGCCAUCUAGUAGAUAUGGAAGAAUCUUUGUUUUCCUGAGCAAUACAUUUAUCCCUUUGUAACCUGGGAAAGUGGAAGGCAUGUGAGUCUAAGCAAAUACCACUCAAAGUAACAUCAGUCCCAUUUUGGGAGUGAAGAUGCAAUACAUAUAUAAGUUGCAUUGAUGCUUUGAAUUAAGAAGCAUGAAAUUCUUGCCUCCUUGGAAACUUGGUGGCUAAUUUAACUCCAUAAUUUUCAUUUUCUGUUUAUUUGCAAACAUUUUUUUUACUGCUCCAAAGUGUUGCCACUUUUUUAGUCUUGUGGAUUUGGAAAUAUGAUCACUCUUGUUCUUUUUUUUUUUUAAACUACUUUAGGACAUUAACCAAGUGCUUAUUUAAAUUCAAGGUCUGAUUUCUUGCAACCGAUGAUUGGGAGAGUGCAAUGGGAAUGUUUUAAUGUUGGUCCAUGAAGAAUUUUGAAUAAUUGUAUCACUUGGUUGCUAUAGAUGUUGGUUCUUCGGGCAUGUGCACUUCCAUUUUGUACAGUUCUACACUUCUGUGUGCUUUCUUUGUAAAUAAUUGUGGUCAAUGAUGUAAUGUUAGAGACUUACAAAGGCAGCCUCUUCUCUCUAUAUAUCUGGAACCUUCAAUAGCUGUACUAUACUUUAAAAAGUUGACUGAUGCAAAUUUCUCAACUUGUACUUGGUUGUGGGCAGUCUUUGCCCUUCCAUUAUAGUUAAAUCCUACCAUCACCUACUGAAAAUAUAGUUAGAAUGUCUCUAUAAACCUGUGUACUGGUAACAGAUAUCUCAGAACACCUCAUUUGUAUUACCACUGUAUUUGUGUACUUUAAUAACUGUGUAAAUAAAUUCAUAAGGACUUCUAA